AUGUCGAAGAACUCAAACGCCGGUUAUGGCACACUCCCCACCAGCACCGCCCCCACCACCGCCAAUGCCUGCACCGAUCUACCGCUGCCGCUACCGCUACCGAUAACUCCUAAUACACUGAUUGCACGUGCCAGGUUCCACACCGAAAACUUCAUCGCCAGGCGUCGCCCAUGGCGAGAAUUUUUCAACCAUUCCGCCGUUACUCGGCCACUAAGCUACGACGACGCCACCCGUCGAGUCAAACGGAACCUCAACUACUUCCGGGUGAAUUACGCCAUGGUUAUCCUCCUCAUACUCUUCCUCAGUCUGAUUUAUCAACCAGUCUCGAUGAUAACCUUUUUGAUCGUAUUUGUUGGUUGGUUUUUCCUUUAUUUCUUCCGUGAUCCCCGCAGUCCAGUUGUGAUUUUCAACCAUGUUUUUGAUGAUCGUGUUGUGUUAAUGACCCUGAGUUUGUUAACGAUCUUCGCAUUGGCUUGCACUGACGUCGGAACGAUCCUAUUGGUGGCGUUAUCUGUUGGGGCUGCUGUUGUCGUGAUACACGCCGGAAUCAGGGGCACCGAUGACUUGUUUUUGGAUGAACAAGAGGCCGGCGAUGGAGGUUUGGUUUCUGUCGUUGGUAACAAGUAG